CUGGCAAUGCCUAGAACGCACGAGUUAUGCCGAAAUUUGUGUGAUUGAGUUGGUACAAAUCCUGAACGAAUACAGAGAGCAGAAUCUACGGUUUGGGACCGUGUAAAGCACUGUUUGUAGGAGCAAGCGAGCGCGGGGAACAACAUGGACACGGCACCAAACGCCUUGUCCCCAGACGUCAACUCGUUUGUUCCCACGCACCGGCUCGCGCCCCCACAUCGGCGACCCGCCUACCCCCUAUAUCAUCCUCGUCGCGCCACUCACUUGCAGCUCGCCUCGCCUCGUUUCGCCUCGGCUCACACACCUGCACGAACCAAAGCUUCUCUUGCUCGCUCGCUCGCUCCGCUAUGGAGGCCUCGCCGUCUCGCAGCGACAGCUUCUCCCGCGGUGGAUGGCCCAGGUGCAAGGCGCGGUGCGCACCGUCCUUCGAGCGCCUCGACAUACACGGCGUCGGCCUCGGCGAAUCGUUCAACAGCUCCACGGCGUCCUUCAUCGACAUGGACCCGGAGGAGCUGUUCUCGAUGCGGUGGACGUCGGACGACGCCGGCUUCGACUUCGGCCCGCCGUGCGCUGGGUCGUGCUCCCCGCUGCUCGCCAGCGCCGGGCUCGUCUUCUCCGACGACGGCCUCCUCCCCUGCGAGCCGAGCGGCAUUGCCAGCGCGUCGUACGCCGACGCGUCGGCGGGCUCGUCCCCGGCGUUCCACACGGCGCAGAGCACGCCGGCCUCCGUGAUCGGCUCCUCGCGGCGCCCGGCCGGCGGCGCCAAGCCGCUGCUGGCGACGCGGAGGCUGCUGCUCAGGUACCUGCGCUUCCUCGUGCCGCUGUGCCGCAAGGCGAGGGCGCUGCGGAUGCCGGCGCGGGCGUUCUCGGCGCCGCGUGCCAGGUCGGUGGCCGCGACCCCGGCGCGCCGGUCCACGUCCAGCGCCACGAGCGCGGCGGAGUACUGGUGCCACGGCAACGCCGACACCGCCGUGCGCGACGCCAUCCUCCACUGCAAGAAGUCCUUGCUGACCGCUCGCACAGAAUGCUGAAGUGAACUGCCGAAACGUUCGGUAUACACCGCUUCGGGACAGGACAUGCAGGAAUGGGCUCUUGCAAGAACACUUUUGGCGAAGCGAAGCAAGAUUCAAGGAAAGGAAGGAAAGGAUGUAGCGUUUUCCUUUCACUUAAUUUUGAGUUCGAUGUAUGUACAUGCAGUACAGUGUAUACGCCGCCGAUGAAUUGUGCCCAAGGGAGUUUGACCUUGUGAGGCAAUUUAGUUAAAGAGGUGUUCUCUCUUUGCUCUGCUUUUGCCAUGGCUCUAUGCAACUGUGCAUGCAUCAGUGCAUCACAGCAUCUGGCCAAGGCAAAAGCUGGACGAAAACAACAGGUGAUUAACAGCACCAACUUGUGGUAACAAUUGGCCGUUAAACAUCUCAUUUGUGCCGAGCA